AAGACUGAUCUUUCUGAUCAAUAUGGAGGAAUGGAUUCAGGGAGUCAUUCAUUAACACUAGGAAGACUUUAUGCUUGGGAAAAGAAUCUUUACGAUGAAGUUAAGGCAGGUGAUAGCACAAGGAAAAUUGACGAGAGAAAAUGUUCUCGACUAAGAACCCAGGAUGUUAAGGGAUAUGAUGAGCUUACAAUGGAUAAAACCAGAGCUGCAGUAAAGGAUUUGUAUGCCCAAAUCUUGAUUGCGAUUCGAAGUGCCGAAUCAAUCUCGAAGAGAAUUCAGAAACUCAGAGAUGAAGAACUACUGCCUCAAAUUAUUGAACUGUUAAAAGGCCUAACACGAACCUGGAAAGUUAUGCUUGAAUCUCAUGAAACCCAAAACAAAAUAUUUUCUGAAGUGAAAUCAUUCGCCUGCCCUUCGUUUGGAAAGUUCUACAAAGAUACUCACCGACUUGCUACGCUUCAACUUGAAGCCGAGCUUCGAAAUUGGCGUACUUGCUUUACCGAGUAUGUUGCAUCUCAAAGAGCAUACAUUCAAGCUCUUCAUGGUUGGCUAACUAAGUUCUUGGUUCCUGAAGUUGAAUUUUAUUCCAGGGGGAGGAGCUCUGGUGCACCACAUGGAGGUAAUGGGCCUCCACUUCUUGUGAUAUGUUAUCAUUGGUUAGCUUCCAUGGAGGAGCUACCGGAUAAGGCGGUCACCUUUUCAUUGAAAAGUUUUUCUAAGGACGUGAAGGAACUGUGA